AAUAUCGAGACUGGGAUUUUGUAUUGACGACGAAGAAGGCGAUAAUUAGAGAAUUCGAGGCACCGAGCUUCUACACCGAAUCCACUGACAAUGGAAUCCUAUUAAAACUAGACAAAUUCAUCGUCGACAUUCAUGCAGAUAUGGAGUUUUCGUUAAAGAAUUUAUUUUUCGGCCUCCCGAUCUGGCCACUAUCAAAAUUCAACAUUGGGCCGAAGAUUUGGUUCCCCUCAAAAAUCCCAUUUUUCUUCGACAUUUUUGGAGGUGUGAUAAAUCGCGUGGUACAGAAUUUGCUCAGAACAGAGAUUUGUAACUCCUUGGAAAACGUGGUGAAGCCCAGUAUCUUUGGCGAGCACUCAUUUCCGGUGGAAACGCAAUACGGAGAUCGGCGUGAGUAUCUCGUACAAACGCCACUAUUCAACGUGCUCCAUACCGAAAACUUUUCUGAAGCCCAGUUCGCUUUUGACCUCCAAUUUUUGAGGGAGAAAUGCCCGUAUGAGCCACCAAGGCGAACUACCAGCUCGAUUCCAUACCCAUCCACAAAGUCUAAUGGAUCCCUGGCGACUCUAGUGCUGACUUUCUCCUGCGAUCUGAGUGGUCGUUUGAAUAGAACGGUCUUAUUGGGAGGGAUCUCUAAUAUUCAAGCUGAUAUUCGGCAGACGCACUCGGUGAUUGGAUAUUUGUACCCGGAGAGGCUCCAAACCUUCAAAAAACACGCUGAUCAG